AUGUCGGACGUUCGCAGCUCGGCAUCCGUGCCCGUGCCGCUAUCGCCCACGCUCUCCGCCACAUCCUCGUCGGUCUCUACAACCGCCACGGUGCUCGACACACACACGGGGCCCAAAUCGCUCGUCAACCUGCGCAAGCAGCUCAAGUACCUCAUCAUCGGCGGCGUGCUUACCUCGUACUUUCAGGUGUACUCGCACCUUGCCGAUGCGCUGUCGCUGGGAGUGUCGUCGAGCUCUGCAAAGCUGGCGUUGCUGUCCGUGGUGCUGUUGGUGGCGACGGUGGUGUUGUUUGGCUAUGUGAUUCUGCUACCUGCACGCGGGCAGACGGUCAACUACAUUGAAUGGCGAUCCGACUCGCGCCUCUCGACGUCCAUCCCCCUGCUCACCGCCAGCAUCAUCCUUGGCUGGAUCACGUUGCUCGUCACGCUGAGUCCGGUGGGUGCACCCGCUCCACCGUCGAGGUCGAUCCGAGAGAGACUGCAGCAGGCAGCCAAGUUCACGGGGCUCGAUAGUCAGGCGCGCAUCAACGAUCUCCCCGCACGCGUGCUGGGCGAAAGCUGGGACAAGAUCGCAGCCAACUUGGGGCUCACCAAGAGCAGCUCGACACGGUUGGGCGAGUACUUUGCAGCCAUGGGCCAGAGGGCCGAAGAGUGGGCGCGCCACAACAUGCGCACUGUCGGCUGGACGGGUGCGAUCGCCGGAUCAGUAGGAACCUAUCUGGUCGUCUUUGGCGCCAUUGGCCUACUCGGCUUCCUGGCCCCUCAACCUUCGACGAAGCCCAAGCGAUUCUAG